GCCCUAAUUCAAUUCACGGUGAAGUGAAAAAGAAAAAGUUUUUGAAACCACCCAAUUCGGAAGCGGGGUUGUCAAUCUCCCUUCUCAUUUUCAUUUUUUGGGGGUUCGAAAUACACAGAGUGUGUGUGAAAACAUGAGUCGGAGUUUAGGAAUUCCGGUGAAGCUGCUGCACGAGGCGUCGGGACACGUGGUGACCGUGGAGCUGAAGAGCGGUGAGCUGUAUCGGGGAAGUAUGAUCGAGUGCGAGGAUAACUGGAAUUGCCAGCUCGAAAACAUCACUUACACCGCUAAGGAUGGAAAGCUCUCGCAACUAGAGCAUGUUUUCAUCAGGGGCAGCAAAGUCAGGUUCAUGGUAAUCCCAGAUAUGCUCAAGAAUGCUCCCAUGUUUAAGCGUUUAGAAGCUAGGAUUAAGGGCAAGGGCUCGUCCCUUGGUGUUGGACGUGGGCGUGCGGUUGCAAUGCGAGCUAGGGCCCAAGCUACUGGUCGUGGCGGUGCUCCACCUGGUAGGGGGGCUGUGCCCCCUGUUCGGAGGUGAUCGUAUACAUCAAUUUGUGUUGCGGUUCUGUAUUUGUUCUAGUUAUCCAUGAGAAGAACUUUGCUUCGGUUUCUUACUUACUCGCGUAUGGCAAUGCUUUGCUGUCUGAAUUGAGAACUUGAAGUGACUUAAUAUGUACCUGGGAAGCAAACUGGUUUUGAAAUGGCUGUAGUUGCUGUCUUGUAGUAAUGUUUUCAAUAGGUGGAAUGUGCAGUUUAACCGACUUUUUUACAGACUUAAGUUUUGUUCCUGUCGGAUUUUGAUUUUUUCGUUUCCGUGUAUUGAACUUGAGUAAGUGCAGUAGUGGGAUGAACUUGUCUGUUUUGUCUAAA